UUAAACUCGCGCAUUAGGAACAAGGUGAUACGUUGUUAAGUCAUCGUCGGUCCUCGUGCUUGAAAUGUGCUAGUGCUGCGAGUGCGCGUUGACGUUAAUAACAUCGACACUGCAACUGAAAACCGCGUUUCCGUUCAAACACUAUCAGAAGAAACCGGUAUUCAAAAUGAUGUUUAAAUACAUGUGUUUGGUUUUGUUCAUAACGUGGUAUCAGUUAGCUGAUUGCCAUCCAGCGAGCUCCAGCGUCAAGUCGCUAGAUUCCAUGGUUGAAAAGGAAUCAGAAGCAUUUUUAUCUGUUGAAGCAGAAGACUCUAGUCAUAAGAAUGUCAGAGACAAAAGGACGAUCGGCUUCUUAAGGCAGCUAUUCCCAAAUCUAUCUAAGAUAGUCGACCAAAAAAUCCAACAAAUCACGCGAUUCGUAUUCCGCAUAAUCGGCCGACUGGUGCUCCGAGGCGCCGGUGGUGGUGCAGGCGCGGGCGCGGGCGCUGGUGGCACCGCAGCCGCCGGUACCGGAAGUGAAGCCGGUGGCAAUGGCGGCCGGCGGAUAUCGAUCACGUUGCCCACGUUCCCGCCGUCCACGGACGACGAUGACGAAGAAUCGCAGACGGAACUUCCGGCGGCCAACGCGUCGCCCACGUCGGCAUCGGACGCUGACGCGUUGGCUUCAAGAAUAGCGGAACCGGCGUCGCCCGAGAUAGCCGCCAUAGACUCUUCGUCGGCCGCGUCCGUAGACUCGGCUGUAGCGGCCAACUCGGCCGUCGAAGUGGCCGUCACCACCGUCGUCCCGGCCACCACCUCUGCCCCGGAAACCACCACCGCCGCCGCCCCCGCCGCCGCCGAAGCAGCAGCCGCCCCGGUCGCCAACGCCGCACCGGCCGCCGGAACAACCACUACCACAGUAGCCGCCGCUAUUGCCGCAGCUGCAACCACCACCGUCAACGCAAUCACGACAAGCUCGCCAACCACUCAAAUGCCAUUGGACUCGGAAAACACUGUCGGCACCGGUAUCGUAAAGAGGACGGCGAGAGAUGUGUCGACGGAUAAUUCGAGCUCGACGAAUAAACGGUCACCGCUCACAGACACUGAUAACGAAGUGUCAUCCGACAACGCUUUGUCGUCGAACGCCGAAGAUGAUGCCCAAGCAGAGACGGUCGCGGACGAAGACCCAAGGAACAAACGGUUCUUGUUCAAUCUGCGAGGAGGAGCCGGCGGUGGAUCUGGCAACUUUUUAUUCGACCUGAUCCGAAGGGGAGCGGACAGAGCAGCUAGGGCUGCCGGUGGUUUCUACAGAGUGGUUGCAGGCACCGACCCAAACACAUUAACACUCGCACAGCCUCUUCAAUAUCCAUCGUUGAUAGCAGGGAGCGGCGCCAAUCAAGACAAAGACGAGUCGACCGACUCGGUGCCGGCCGAAGGUGAAGCCCAGGAGGUGCACGCGGAUGUGAAUGCCAAGGAAGACGGUUACAGCGUCGGUGUGCCCGGGCCACUGACGAGAAUAUUCGUGAUCGCUAACAGAGGCGUUGCCAAUUUGGUCCAAGACUUGAUACUGAGAUUGGCCCAGACCACCGAACGAAUAGUGAACUUCAAAGCCAGAUUAAUUACAUCUCUCAUCUAAACAAAUAUUCAAGUUUGUGUAGUAAAAUGUAAUUUAAUACCUGCGUGUGGCGUAUUUUAGUCAUAACUUAUGAGAUUUAAUCAUUACUUAACUUUGUUUGCACAACCAAAAACCCACGUCGAGUUAUUUUUAUGACUGACACGAUUUUUUAAACUAGGUAUAUUGUGUGUUAUUAUUCUAAAUUUGUGUUUUGCGCAUCAAUCACGUCGUAACACGCACACACACAUUCAAAUAUUUUACAACUAAAUCAAAAUUUACUAAAAUAGCUAAAACAUUAUUAUAUUCAAUUUAUUUUUUUUUCGAAAACAUUGUCCUGUCAACACGAUUAAAUAUUAAAUGUUGAUAACAAUAUCCAUACCCCGCAACGCACACAAUUGAUUUUAAUAAUUACAUUUUUGCAAAACAAGUGCCAAAAUACAAAAAAUAAUUUUAAAACCACCUGGUGAUAUGUUAUCUCACAUGGUUACCAAUUUUUAAUUAAAUUAUACCUACCUACGUCGAGUACUACGAUCAUGUAGAAUAUAAAUCUCAACGAUUUUACCGGCACCUCAUACUAUUAGGUACUUAACUGUAUAGCUGGUGGUUAUCGACAUUAAAACACUGAUUUCAAACUAUUGUAGUAAUUUAAUUAAUCAAUUAAAAAAUCUAAAAUCAAAAUUAUGUAGGUACUCGUAUAUUAUACUUAGUGAUAGG